UCUGUUUGCAGCAUCCCUAGACCAGCCUCUGUUGUGUGAAAUACAAGAAAGGACAAGGCAGUAGAUUCUUGGCGUCUGUUGGAGACCAGAAAAAGGAUUUCUUGGAGGCUGCUAGGGUAGGAUUACUUCAGUCUGGAGAUUCCAUCUUAAGAGAAAAUGGUUGUUUUGUUAAUGUAAACAGCCUGUGCAGUACCUGCAUUGCUUAAGGGGAAAGCAGAAGAGGAGGAGGAGGAGGGGCAGACACUGGAAGAAAUGUUGCCUCUUCCAAUGAAAUGUUUCCUUCUCUAGCAAGCCCCAGUCUGCUGCAGCUCACCUCUGAACUCAUGCAUGACACACAUUAAGAUCCUAUUGCCAAAGCGAAACCAAUGGCUACGCAGACCCCAGACCUGAGGGCUGACAUCCGUGUCAUCCAUGAGACACACUAGAGGGCGGAGCAACAUCAGGGGAAAGACACGCACGCGUUCAGUUAAAACAGUUAACACCUGACCAUGGCUGUAACUGUGGCUAAGACCACCACAGGUUUUGUCUCCACAUCUGCCAAGACCACCACAAUCCCUUUCCUCUCAACAGGCACCAGCACCAGAGAAAACAUCACCUCCAGAGCAACAACAUUAAUGACUGUUACUAUAACAACAAAUGAGACCAGCUUCAACACCACUACAUUUCCUGAGGUGGUGAUUGAAGGGUCGGGAAUGGGAAUGGUUCUUCUACCCUUUGGCAUCAUCACUGUCAUUGGCUUAGCAGUGGCAAUAAUGCUGUAUAUCCGGAAACGGAAGCGGCUGGAGAAGCUGAGGCAUCAGCUCAUGCCCAUGUACAAUUUUGACCCAGGAGAGGAACAAGAUGACCUGCUGGAACAAGAACUACUGGACCACGGCCGGGAAGGCAGCCUCACAGGCCCCAAUGCUAAGACUCUCACGACCUCCCAGGGGACCACGCAGCGGCCCAGUCGCCUUGUCUUCACAGAUGUAGCCAAAGCUCUCAAUGCCUAACGAUCCUCUUCCAUUAGUCUACGUCAGUCUGUGACGGUGGAUCCGCUCACGACAGAGAUACAGACUGUCUCUCCAAAAAACAAAAGGACAGUAGAGGGAAAACUGGACAGUGUCUGGAGCGUAAUCACUACAGCUUCGUACGUGGGAGAGUGCUGGUUUAUUUUGCAGAGACAGCAAAAAAAAAAAGUGUAUAGUGCAUGUACUGUAUGUAUGUAAAGGGAAGCAUCACAUACACUAUGAUCUUGCACUGUUUUCCUGUGGCACACAGAUGCGGUGUGAUGCACUUUUCUUAGAAUCACCGUUGUUGUGUUGUUACAAACGUUUGGUUGCUUGUCUGUGAAGUUCUUCAGGGCUUCAAUAUCUAUUUCCAUGUUUGAUAUGAGAGGAGCGUACAUUUGAAAUAGUCAAAUCUCUGAUGAGUGCGAACACGAGACGUGUUGCCAUCCUUCACUGCACUGCCCCUCUCCAUUUUCUUUCAUCUUGAGUCAGUAAUGAAGGACUGUUGAUUCUGUGUGUAUUAAAACUGUUUAAACAA